UCCGACGCUGCUGACAGCAUCGAAGACAGCAUCCCUCAUAGAAAACGGGCCACGGAAGCAGAACAAUUCAAAGCCCCGGGCCGAGCAGGACCGAAAAAAAAACUGUUAACAGGGGGCUGCCAUCUUACAGACCGCCAAGAUGCAAAAUAGUGAGUAGCCUUUGAUGAUGGAGCGCCAGGAUACUACCAUCGUGUGUGUGCCCCCACUACCUGCAUUAGGUUGUGAUGACCCACACUACUGCCAAAUGUAUCUGUGACCCUCCCAAAUCCUGACUCCUAACCUCUAAUCCCUGACCUUUGACCUCCACUAUGGGCAGUGUUGGCAGUGGGGUGGCAGGAGAGCAGGAGUUUGCCAUGAAGUCCGUGGGCACGAGGACCACCCUGCCCCGAGCUCCUCCUCUCUCUCGCCGUUGCCCUGCCGACCGCAGCUGCAGCGCAGAGCGCCUGCCACGCCCUCCGGCGACUAUAUCAGAUGGGACGGCGUCUAGCGAUGAGCGAGGGAGUGUUAGUAUCGGGACUGGGACCUGCACCGGGACAGACCGGCCCACGGAGACGGCCUCCUCCACCCACACCGAGUGUACCAUGACCGCGCCCUCCAACAACAACCAGUUGGAUUGUGGCAACAUGGCUGGCAGGAGGGAGUGGGAAAGGCAACGUGAGAGGGGGAGAGACCGGGACCGGGACCGAGACUGGGACCGGGAAAGGUUAGAGAGGGAGCGCGAGAGAGAGAGGAACCGGGAGAGGGAGAGGGAACGAGUGGAGAGGGAGAGGCUGGAGCGGGAGAGGGAGCGGGAGAGGGAGAGGGCCAGGGAGAGAGAAAGAGAGAGAAUAGAGAGGGAGAAGAUAGAAAGAGAGCGGGAACGAGAGAGGGAGAGAGAGCGGGAGCGUGAGAGGGAGAGGCUGGAGAAUGAGAGGAUGGAGCGAGAGAGAGACAGGGAGAUGCAGGCGGCAGGUUUAGACGUUUGUGGAAACCUUGUAGGUCGAGGGGCAAGCGAGAAGAACAGCAUCGGCAUGAACCACCACCACGGCAGAGAGAUGGCCACCGCCAGAAACAGCAGCGAGAACAAUCCGGGCAGCCAUAACCCCCCGAACCACAACCCACCCAAGAUCAUGCCCGUAUCAGGAAAACUGGAGCAGGCAAUGCAGAGCAACUCUGGCCUCGUUCGUCCCUCCGCUUUCAAGCCGGUGGUUCCCAAGAGCUUCCACUCCAUGCAGAACCUGGUGGGCCAGGUGGGAGGGGCUGGGAGUGAGGGAAAGACUGACGCUAGGGGUGAAGGGUACGCUGACAGCAGAUUAGGCAGGAGAGGCAGAGAUGGAGGAGGAGGAGGAGAGACGGGGGAAGUACCAGAGGCCCUGCUCCUGGACCAGGACAGCCCAGUUAGGCUCAGCAGGAGUGAGGGAGGGGGAAACGGUAAUGAAGUGGUUCAGGGAGGGAUGUCAGAUUCAGGGAGAAACUCCCUAACCAGCCUGCCUACCUACACAGGCUCUGGGUCUGGUUGUGGCCCCCCUGCAGUGCUGGGGCCACUCAGUGCUUCCACGAGCCACAUCAACAGACUGGGCAUGGUCGGGGCCGCUGCAGCCCUGGAGAAGAUGGACAAGCCCGGGUACCAGAACGGACUCAGCGCCUCAGACAGCGGCCGGUCGUCCUCAGGGAAGAGCUCCUCAUCUUAUCAGAGGCUGAGCCACCUGAGUGAUGCUCCAGCACCUCUGCGGCCCUCCCCCUCCUCCGACGACAUCAUCCAGGACCUCGAGGACCGCCUGUGGGAGAAGGAGCAAGAGGUGCAGCAUAUGCGCAGAAACUUAGACCAAAGUGAGGCAGCAAUCAUCCAGGUGUUUGAGGAGAAGCAGCGCGUUUGGGAGCGACAGAUGGACGAGCUGAGACAGAACUACGCUUCUCGCCUGCAGCAGGUUACUCGGCGGGCUCAGCGCUCCCAAACAGCCUUGCAGGCCCAGAUAACCCGCCUGUCCCAGGACAAGAGGAGGCUCCAGGAGGAGAUGGCAGCUCUGCUGGCGCAGAGGGAGGAGUUGGAGAGAAAGUGUCUGGAUUACAGGAAGGAGCAGGCUGACAUCCUGCCUCGUCUGGAGGAGACCAAGUGGGAGGUGUGUCAGAAAGCAGGUGAGAUCUCCCUGCUGAAGCAGCAGCUGAGGGAGAGCCAGGCUGAAGUGACCCAGCGAGCUGGAGAGAUGGUGGCCCUCCGAGGCCAGCUGAAGGAGCUCAACGCCCAGCUGAGGGAGCGGGAGGAAGUCAUGCUGGGCCUGAAGGAUUCCUACAGCUCCAAGAGCGUGGAACUGGAGAAGUGUGAGGUAGAGCUGAGGAGGACUCUGUCCGAGGUGUCGAUCCUGAGGGAGAAACUGGGUGUAUUUGAGGCAGAGGUGCUGAGUUUAAAGCGUGCUCUGAAUGAAGCGGCCAGAGGGGCAGAAGUUGUUGUAAGCCCUAACCUAGCUGCUGCGGGGCUGUUGCCACCAUGGGGAGGAGUGCAUUGCCCCCGAAACCCAAAUGAACCUUCAACAAACUCCCUCACUCCCACAUCUGACACUCUCCUGAGUCUUCAGAGCGAUGAAGCCAAAGCCCAAAGGCAGGAAGCUCAAAGACAGGAGAGGCAGCAGCGCGAGGAGGCCCAGUGGCGCGAUGUGCAGCACAGGCAAGAUGCCCACAUGCAGCAGGACAUCCAAAUGCGUCAGGACUCGCAGCUUCGACCGGAGGCCCAGUUUCGUCAGGAGGCUCACCUCCGCCACGAGGCCCAGAUACGUCAAGAAGCACAGCUGCGUCAAGAAGCGCAGCUCCGUCAGGAGGCCCAGCUCCGCCACGAGGCUCAAAUGCGUCAAGAGGCGCAGAUACGUCACGAAAACCAACUCUGCCAGGACGUACAAUUGCGUCAGGAAGGCCAUCAGCCGCAGCGAACACCAGAGGGUCACUGGGAUGAAGCGGGAGAGCUGCGCAGGCAGCUCGAGCAGCUGCAGGCCACGUUACGCCUAGAGCGGCAGCAACGAGAGCGUCAGGCCCUCAACUUUGACCAGGAACGACACACCUGGCAAGACGAGAAGGAACGGGUUUUGAAAUAUCAGGCACAACUGCAGCUUAGCUACGUGGAAACACUGCAGAAGAACCAAGCUCUGGAAAAACGCAUGAGCCAGCUGGGAGCCAAACAAACUACAGCCUGCACCACGACCACUAUUACCAAUACCACCACGUCCCCCACCUCCUCAAAUUCUCCACCGCUGCCAUUGGCCCUGUCAUCUCUGUCUCCUCAGCUUCCUCCUUCGCUUUCUGGUCCUCCCUCCCUCUCUGGUCCUCCCUCCCUCUCUGGUCCUCCCUCCCUCUCUGGUCCUCCUUCCCUCUCUGGUCCUCCUUCUCUCUCGGGACCUCCUUCUCUCUCUGUAUCAUCCUCCCUCUCUGGCCCUCCUUCUCUCUCUGGCCCCAUUGCCCUCACCCUCUCCCCACCCUGUGAAGACCAAAAGGGUCCUCCUUCCCUCCACCAGCUGGCCCCGCCCUGGGCCGGACCCUCACGCUUGGAGAGGAUAGAGUCAACAGAGAUAUAGCGCCCCAUUAAAACAAAUGUUCCAUUUCUGUCCACUAAUAGUGGCAAGGCCUCUCAAACACCACUUCAUCAUCCAGCAGGAAAAGACACAGAACAUGAUAAAAAUAAAUCAGUCUAGUUGCAAAGCAACUAUAAAUACCAAACAGCCACAAAUGCCGAGCGCUAAAUGCAACAUUAUUAAUAAAAAGCAGGAAGCUGAACAACUCAUUCUAUCACAAAUUUUUCAACCUCUUAAAAAAAAACCUUUCCGUCACCAGUCGCACACCACAAAUUCUUACAUCGUCAGUGUUUUUGAAAAGUGUACCACACUGAUGGGCAAGCAGAAAAAUGAAAUAUUAAAUGACAAUGUUAAAAUGACCACACAUAUACAUGUGUCAUUUGAUGCCCAUCCUAGAAAAGGACCAAGACAAUCAGGGAUAUUGUCAAAAAAGAUCAAAAAAAUAUAAAGUGGUAUUUAUUCAUUGUAAGUCUGUGUCACUGGUUAUGUAAAAGUAGAAUUAGUGAUCAGAGAUGUGAUGUUACCUUCCAUUUUUGGCCAGAGAGCGCCUUACUUCAUUCUUAUUCCCUGCAUGAAUAAGUGAGAAACUGAUGCUGGGAAUAGAUUAAAAAAAAUAUAUAUAUGAAGUGUCAGUGUAAUUGUUAUUUUCAGUGCUUUAAUUAUAAAAUCAGCAAAACAGUUACACAACAAAGCAACUAUAUAGCUCGGCUAAAUCUUUUAAAUACCAGCAAAUGUUGACCUCAAAGGGCACACACACUGAUUCUCAAUUCAGUUUUCAAGGCAUUUCAUGCACAGGGGUCCAACAUACACGACCCAUUUAAACAUGUUAUCAAGAACAACAGAGUUUAUAUUUUCUACAAAUUGAAUUUAAAUAAGUAUCUUGAACAGAUAAUCAGCCCCAACUGGACAUAGGUUACAUUUUUGGGAGUAAGAGGACCUGGUAUACACUUUUCACUUCAGAUUCUCCGCAGUGACUAAAAAAAAUGAACACUAGGGGUCAUUGGAGCUCUUAUAAAGAGCAACUACUUCUCCUCUUUGCUGCGAAGAGAACAUGAAUGGAUGCACACAAUUUGAAUUUAAUUAUAAUGAUAAUUGUGUCUUGUGCAUUGACCGCUAUCAAACUGGAGAGCUCAGUCAGUAUCCCCGAAGUGAAAAAUUUUAUAGAAUGUAUGAUAUACUAGAAGAAAAGAAAUACUUAUAAUAGUUAUAGAUUGUAAAUGUAUGUAUGUGCGGGUGAGAGAGCGUGCAAGAGUGUAUGCAUGUGUCUAUACAUAUGAAAAGCUUCAGCUUAAGAGAUUGAGGAUGGAGGGACCAGUGGCAAUACAAGUGGAGAUAUAUUAAGAGAAAAGUACAGUAAAAUGUACGUCAAAGCUUGUCAGACUGAAAUUUUAAACAGUGGGUGUGUGUAUAUCCUGGAAGACUCUGGCUUUCUUCUGUACAGUUCAUUGAGACAAAGCAGCCGAGAAGGAAGUUUAAAAAGAAAUCUGAAAUGUGGGGAGUCUGCCUCCUUAAAGAAGCGCAUUCAGGCUAACUGCACUAUGUAGUGUCCUACUCAAGUUAUGAUUUACAGUAGACUCUGAUGUGAAUAUCAUGGCUUUUAUAUGUGUUGUUUACGCCAGCAUUAAAAAAAAUGUUGCUCAAGAAUAUUAACUUAUCUCUAAGGUAUUACAUAGUAUUAUCUUUAUUACUGUUAUUAUAUUAUGAUGAAAUGACAGAGAAAUUAUGUGCCAUUUGAGCUUUCCUUUGUGUGUUUUUUUGUUUUGUUUUGUUUGCUUUUUUUUUACUGUGUAGGUAGCCGGUUGGCUGACCGUUACGGUGCAAUCAUAGCAAUCUUGUCCAAAAAUGAUGUUCCUUUUGAUGUAGGUGAUGUAGUUACAGUAUUGCAUUGUUUAGAGAACAAAACUGAUUUUAUCCAUGUUUCAAAUUUAUUGUUUGCAUUUAUGUUACUAG